AUGGAGUCGAGUGAGGAUGUGGAGGUUCUGAGCAGAGCCAUCGAGAAACUUCUUGAUGAGAAGAGGAAGAGAGAAGCUGCCGGUGACACCUUCAUCGAGGACGACGACGAUCAGCUUUUGCUCUCUAGACUUAUCUCUCAGUUGGAAUCACCAAAUCCGUUCCAAAAAACAGAUGUGACAACCAAAGAUGAAGAAGGAGAAGAAGAAGAAGAAGAAUCGGCACCAUCCAAAGCCAAAAGCGAGGCGCAGAGACAUUUGGAAGAGAAUAUAGAAGAAAUAGCCAAAGACAUCAAGGAGGUGAAGAGGCAGAACAAAGUGACCCAUAUACUGCUCUCGGCUUUGAUCAUCCUCACAUUGACUUGGCAGCUCUCUGAGUACUCAAUGAUUUACAUGAUGAAAGAUAGAUUAUGCCACCCAAUCAGAUCCAUCGGAGGUAUGUUCUCUGGGAUAUUCAAAGGUAAGAUUCAUCCAAUCAAGCACAAACUUACUGGGACGACUUCCAGUUCCAAAGAGCAGCACAACGACCAUAUCCAUGGGAAUGGAACAAACACUGGAGUUCACAUCCAAAUGCCCGAACUGUUGCGAGAUUUCGGUUUUGAUGACGAUGAUGAAUGA